CUACCCAACGUGGUUCUCUUAUAAAUUACAUCUGGCACUCCCUCAACGUUACUUCGCCUCGCCAAAUAAAUCUGCAACAUUAGCGGUCGUGGUUUACAGGAAUUUAUCCGCCUUCCUGCCCCAAAGAUCCGCCAUCCGGCUCAAAGAUGGAAUCGAAAUGGAUUACGAGGUGAUUUCGAAUAUUGCGACUGCUUGGCUAAAGCACAACGGAAGCGAGCAGAGCGGUAACCUGUCAGACGGUCUUUUCACCAUGGAGUUCAAUCACCAGGUGAAGAACGAAUCACCGCCGGACUCAUGGAAGAUCGUGUGCGGAGUCGCGGAUUACGCCAGUUACGGCUAUUCAUGGGACACCCAAUCUUGCCUAACAAGGAAUUUGGAGCCGUCGAGGACACGAUGCCUGUGCCCCAGAUCCGGGACGUUCGCAAUUCUGCUCACAAUGAAGCCGUCAUUCGUGGAAAACGAGGUUAUCCCAGUGAGGCAAUUCGUAAUCUUGAUUGGAUGCACGACUUGCACGCUGCUGACGGCCGUCUCCGGUCUGAUACUGAGUUUUUACUGGUACUUCCGUCGUUCCUGUUUGGUUUUCCUGAAAGUCCAAUGCUGCUUAUCGCUCUCAGGAUCGAUGAUUGUUUUCAUCUACGCCCUUUGGGACGACGUUGCGAACGAGUUUUUCUUGACGGUGAUGAGUUUCCUGGAGAGCUUCCUGCUGACUGGAAUGUCGUCCCAGCUGAGCAAUUUACUUAUUAUCUACUCGGAAUUGGUGCAACUGCCUCGGAUGAAGAGCGUCAAGCAGACAGUCGUCCUCAUUAUUACAGGUGCACCAAUGAUUGCCGUAUUCGGAAACCAUAUGGCCCAUCUGACAAUGAAUUCGAGGAUCAAUUCUUGGUGGUUGCUGAACGGCACAUUGUCCUUCAAUAUAUUCGUGGCAUGCUGUUCCAUUAUUGUACUCCUGUACGCGGUUCUCUACUACAUUGUUGUAAGGAAAUUGACGAAGAUCAACACGAAAUUCGAUAAACCUUCGGAACCGCUUUUGAACAGGUUAAAGCUGCUCCGAAGAUCCGCCCUCGUGUUCACCUCGAUUACCAUCACAAUCUUCGGAAGUGUUCUGUACAUAAAUUCCGCAGACAAUGUCCUUUACCAUUACGUCUUCAGUUCGGCUACGGUCGUAAUGGGAACGGUAAUCUUCUUCAGCUACGUCCUCUUCUCCGAGACGCCUUUGAAGAAGAUCAUUAAUGUGCGUCUUUUAGAUGCAGCAGCCAGCACAGAGAAAUUGAGCCCCGAUACUGGCAAGCAUUUGAAAUUUUUCACAAAUCAAAAGGCGGAAGUGGAGAACGAGUCUACUCCGUACUUCUGCAGGAGCACGGCAGAAACGUGCUUCAGUCAUGAAAUAAUCAAGGUACCGGAAAUCGGUUCAACGUCGUUUAAGACGUACGCGAGCGCCACGUUUCCGGAUCCUUCGUCCUCGCAGCACCAGCAGGACCUACAGUUCUACGAGGGCAGCCCAAAACACUUCAACCACCACCAUCUCCAUCAACACAACCACCAAAGAGACAUCAUCAACUCACCAGAUCUCCUAGGGACGAAGAAGUUCGUUGAACUCGACCUGGUUGCUUCCUCCGUGCAAAAAUCGGUAUACGGAACACAGCCUCCUCUCCCAAGCAUAACCAUAACUCAGCCAGAAGUAAAUGGAGAAAACAACCUUGAGAGGCAACGACCUGAAGGUGAAGAGAAAACGGUGAUGACCGUUGAACUGGUACCGAUAGUUUCGGUGAUGGAGACGACAGUCCCAAUUAAAGGAGACAAUUUGGAUGCGGUCAUGGAUAGCAUAACGCUUGACCUAGAUUAUCUGCUGAACGGAAACGAUUUUGACGAGGAGACGGAAGGUGGUGUUAGUAAUACCGGAAGCGUUGGUACCCAGCAGGUAUCGACGGCGACGGCAAUACCUUCCGGCCCUAGACGUAUCUCUCGUCCGCCGUCUCUGAGCGUCUUCGAGCAAAUCAUAGAGGAACCAGAGGAAGACAUGAAAGUACCGGAAGCAAUUACGAACGUGUCAAGAACUAAUUGCUGAGCGAAUAUCAAAUAUCACUUUUCUUAGGAAUACUUGAGGGUUAUCGUAACUUUUGCAUAAUAACUGGAGGGGAAUGAAAGUAACGUAAAAUGCGACCCGCUGAAUAUUCAAAGUUUCCUCUUUCCGUACCAUUUACUUUCGUCAAGUUUUCAUUUAAGAACUAGUCUGCAGACUUAUUUGCAUUUACAAUUAAAACGAACCCAAAGAUAUUUCUGUUGCAGCUGUCCGUGAACUGAAACUACAAACGUUUGAAUUCAGUUUUGCAGAAAAGUGUAAAUAAUAAUUAUAAAAAAAAAUAUAGGCAGACAUGUAAAUAAAUAAAUAAAUAAAUAGGAUUGUGUACAAACAAAAUGGAUAAACUCUGUGAUAUUUGUAAUCUAUGUGAAAUUCGGCAUCCGUUGUACUUUUUUGAGAGUUACGUGGUGCAAAUCAAAGGACAACGACAAAACUAUUCACAAGAAUCGCUCAAUCUUUUUAAUCCUUGUAUAUAAAUUAUAUUGUAUUUAAAUACUUUAGCGGAAUUUUAACUUCUCAAUGUCAAUGUUAAUAUAAUACUUUUUUAUUUCCUCUCCCAUACACCUCUAUCACAUACAUACAAACACAC